AUGGCUGACAUCAAAUAUUUUCCUCCAGGCUGCACAGAUGGUUACUUUCAUAGCAGCAAUGGGCCAUGCAUUCCACUUUCCUUCCUCUGUGAUGGGGAUUCAGACUGUGAGGAUCAGAGUGAUGAGAAAAACUGCCAGUGCGGCCUUGACCAACAGCGCUGUCAAAAUGGGAAUUAUGUGCAAAAUAAGUUCCUGUGUGAUGGAGCGGAUGAUUGCGGGGACUACUCUGAUGAGACAAACUGCAGCUGCACAGAUGGUUACUUUCAUUGCAGCAAUGGACCAUGCAUUCCACUUUCCUUCCUCUGUGAUGGGGAUUCAGACUGUGAGGAUCAGAGUGAUGAGAAGAACUGCCAGUGUGGGCCUGACCAACAGCGCUGUCAGAAUUGGAACUGUGUGGAAAAUGAGUUCAUCUGUGAUGGAGUUGAUGACUGUGGGGAUUACUCUGAUGAGACCGACUGCAGCUGCCCAGAUGAGUAUUUUCAUUGCAGCAAUGGGCCAUGCAUUCCACGUUCCUUCGUCUGUGAUGGGAAAUCAGACUGUGAGGAUCAGAGCGAUGAGAAUAACUGCCAGUGUAGCCCUGACCUACAGCACUGUGACAAAUGCACAGACUCAGUAUUCAAGUAUUCAAAUGGUUGGCAGUGUAUUCUUGGACAUUUCUACUGCGACGGAGAGCCCGACUGUGCAGACUCGAGUGAUGAGAAUGCAGACUGCCAUUGCUACUCAGGGCAAUUCCGCUGUGGAAAUGGAACCUGCUUGGGGAUAACAAAUGUGUGUGAUGGAGUCAACGAUUGUGGCGACUAUACGGAUGAGAGAAACUGCAGUUGCUCUCCAAAACAGUACACAUGCAGUAACAGCACCACGGAGUGUCUGGACUUAAUCUAUGUUUGUGAUGGAGAAGUUGACUGUAGUUAUGGAUCGGAUGAAAGCGACUGUGAGCGAGAGUGUGCUGCAAGUGAGUUCCGCUGUGAUGAUAAGAAGCACUGCAUUCGUGGAAACCUGUACUGCAAUGGGGAAUUCGACUGUGCAGACCAGAGUGAUGAGAAGCCAAACUGUCAGUGCCACCCUGACCAACUCCGUUGUGGAAACGGAACCUGCGUAGCGAAUGAGAGCUUCUGUGAUGGAAUCAAUGACUGUGGGGACUUCUUUGAUGAGAGCAACUGCACUUGUACUCAAAAUGAGUUCACAUGCAGAAACAGCAGGGAAUGUGUGAGUAGCAUGGAUGUCUGUGAUGGGAUCACAGAUUGCAGUGAUGGAUCGGACGAAAUCAACUGUAGCCAAGCCAUAUACAGAUUUAUAGCUCAAGCAUUGGUCAAUAACACCAUGAAUAUUGAAGAUUUAGAAAAGGAGCUUCAAGAUUAUUUGAAAAGAACAUUAGUAAACAAAAAUGUUAUGAUACGCAUCACCAUACUGAAUUAAUCAUAAUAGUAAUACAUUGAGAUAAUAAAUUAACAAUGAUACAAGAAA